AUGGUUAAUGAAUUGUUAACUUACUGUCCAAAUAAAAAUGAUGGAUGUCCUUAUAAAGGACAACGUCAAUUGUUAAUUACUCAUAUCAAGGAAGAAUGUUUAUUUACCAAAUUAUCAUGUUAUAACGAAGAAUGUAAAGAAAUUAUUUUUAAAAAAGAUUUACCAAAACACAUGGAAAAUUGUAAAGCUAGAAUGGUUAAAUGUGAAAAUUGUGAAGCUAAAGUUCAAUUAUCUAUUUUAGAGGGACACAAAUCUAACUGUCCAGUCAAAAAUAUAGAAUGUUCUUUUUGUCAUACUACACGUAUUCAAUCAGAACAUACUUUACAUCUUGAAGAAUGUCCAGAAAAACCUGUUACUUGUCAUCAUGCGGAAUUUGGUUGUUCUUGGGAAGGUCGUCAACUUGAUUUAUUGGAUCAUAUUGAUUCAUGUAGCUAUGAGCCAUUGAAAGGAUUUUUUAAUAUGUAUAAACAACGUAAUGAAGCUCUCGAACAAGAGAAUCAACGAUUAAAAACAAAUAUUCAAGAACUUAAUAGCACAGUAAGCUUGUUAGAAAAUCAGGUUACUGCUAUGUCUAAUUGGUUGUCAAAUUUUACAGAUUCAAAAGGAAUAUUAUCAAAUUCUGAAGGACAACCUUCAGGUUCAUCAGCUCAUGAACUUAUUUUAUCGGACGACGAUCAUAUGAAGAAUGAAAUUGAAAAUUUAAGUUUUAAUCUAAUGGAUUUAGACGCAAUUAUGACGGAAAAUAUGAGAAUGCAAGAAGAAAUUCAAAGUGUAAAAAAUAUUUGUUAUGGGUUAAGAAUGCAAAUGCAUUAUCUAUUAAUGGAGAGGAGAGGUGGAGAGCCAUCUGUUGGGACAGCAGGUCCAACAAAUUCUGUUGUUAGAACAGGAUUAAAUGGCCAUAUUGGUAUUGGAAGAACUGUUCCACCCAAUAACUCCAAAUCCAGUCCUGAUUCUUCUUCGGAAUUAAAUACGCGUCCUCUUCGUCCACUGGGACCUGAAUCUCCGCGUCAAGAAAAACUCUAA